AAUCGUUUAGGUGGUAGGAUAGCAGUAAAGCACACCACUUAAUAUUUUUUUAUUUAAGCAAAAUCUGCGUGAAGGAAAGUUGAUGUGUUAGUCUCCUAAACGCAUCGGUUGUAUUAGAAGUUAAUAUGAAAGUACUUAUUAUUUUAAGUAUMGUAGCCUAUUGUUUGGGACAARGAGGUGARCAWAGUGCUAAAACGGUGCGUGAAAUCAGCGACAUCARUCCAGACGGGUCAUUUAAUUACGCUUUCGAGACGGAGAAUCAAAUAUUUGCCGAAGCGCAAGGUUUUUUGAAAGAUGGAGAUACGCAGGUUAUACAGGGACAAUAUCAGUUUACAUCUCCUGAAGGUCAGGUUAUCAGAUUGGCGUAUGUCGCUGAUGAGGGUGGGUUUCAUCCUCAGGGUGAACAUUUGCCAACGCCACCGCCCGUACCACUGGCCAUUCAAAAGGCAUUGGAUUAUUUAGCUACAUURCCUCAAAAAUGAU